AUACGUAACUUCUCUCGCAGUGUAGUACCAUCACCCGGCUGCAGUCUCCGCCUUGCUGCAGGACCACUAAUGCUGUUGCCACAAUGUAAUUCCAUCGUGUGACGAACGUAGUCCCAACACAUCUUAGUUCGUCGAAAAGGUCUUAUCUCUAGGAACCCUGUACUCUGCAGUAGGAAGUAGCAGAGCCGUAUAAAGGAGACCACAGUACAGCAACUGUCAAGUUUCCGCCUCCAGCCACAAUGAUGAAGACUCUGGUGAUCGUCCUGCUGUUGGCAGCUGCUGGAUCCGCAACAGUGGCGCAGUACGCACGCUACGAGGAGGUGGUGCGCAACCCCAAGGAAACGGACCUGCUGUACGGCUCCACCUUAGGACAUCGCAAUGAGACGUGGUACUUCACCACCGGAGCCACCCUAACGUCCAUCAUCAUCCCAUCGCAGAUCAACUUCUGCGGCUCAGGUCCAUUGGCGAAUGGAAUGUACGACGAGGCGGUUGACCUUUUCGUGUACGAGACGAAACUCGCGAGCAGUGCGGCCGCGGUGAAGACGUACCUGGUAGCGUCCGGGUCCUUCAAGGGCGCCGCCAGCUACGGCCAGGAGCUGGACAUCCCGCUGUGGAACUCCACGCUCAGUCGUGCUCCACGUGUCCAGAGUUACAUCAACCCCAGCAGCGGCUACAAGUACACGCUCAACAUCGUCUUCAAGACGACCGGCAUAUACCCGUGGUACACGACGAGGUCUCUGUCCACCUACUCCAUCGUCCAUGCUGGGACGAAUGUACCUGGUAUUGCUAUCGGACUGUCGUACGCUCUUGGCUAAAGGGUCAUGCCAAAUCAGGCCGUUACAGUUGUCAAAAACUCUGAUAAUAAAUUGGAGCUGAGCUGCAGACCAAGACAGCAGGCAUAUUUCGAUUGUUUUGUGUAAGCAUUAAGUCUGCUGACCAUGCUGUUUCAUGUAGGAAACCCAAAGCGAACUCCCUUUUCUAUCUGUACUUCAUUAAAAGUUGGUUCCCAAAAAUCUUAUUUUGUGUUCUGUUAUAUCGACAGCAAAUUUCGCCGAAGUGGAAAAUAAAUAUACGAACAGCUACAACAAAGUUGUUCGCUGAAUAUGGUAGUACACAUAUUUCACUAAUUUUCUGUAAUCCAUCCUGAACAACAACAAACAACCAUAGAAAAGAUUUGUUGUUUUGGAAAUAUUUGCAGUAGCUUAGAGCCAUUUUCUACAUACACACAUCAAAAAAAGUUUUGCAUCACCUCGGUUCCGAGAGUUCCGGAACCUGCACAGAAAAUUGGAAUAGAAAUCAACAUAAAGAUCAUUUCCGCCCUUUUUAUUGCUCACGAAAACCACACACUGCAUGUUGUACCACCAUACAGCGAGACCUUUAGAGGUUGUGGCCCAGAUUGCUGUACACACCGGUGCCUCUAAUGUCCAGUAGCAUGUCCUCUUGCAUUGAUGCAUGCCUGCAUUCGUUGUGGCAUACUAUCCACAAGUUCAUCAAGGCAAUGUUGGUCCAGAUUGUCCCACUCCUCAACGGCGAUUCGGCGUAGAUCCCUCAGAGUGGUUGGUGGUUCACGUCGUCCGUAAACAGCCCUUUUCAAUAUAUCCCAGGCAUGUUCAAUAGGGUUCAUGUCCGAAGAACAUGCUGGCCACUCUAGUCGAGCGAUGUCGUUAUCCUGAAGGAAGUCAUUCACAAGAUGUGUCGAUGGGGGCCCGAUUUGUCGUCCAUGAAGACGAAUGCCUCUCCAAUAUGCUGCCGAUAUGUUGCACUAUCUGUCGGAGAAUGGCAUUCACGCAUCGUACGGCCGUUACGGCGCCUUCCAUGACCACCAGCGACGUACGUCGGCCCCACAUAAUGCCACCCCAAAACAACAGGGAACCUCCACCUUGCUGCACUCGCUGAACAGUGUGUCUACGGCGUUCUCCUGACCAGCUUGCCCCCAAACACGUCUCUGAAGAUUGCCUGGUUGAAGGCAUAUGCGAGACUCAUCGGUGAAGAGAACGUGAUGCCAAUCCUGAGAGGUCCAUUCGGCAUGCUUUUGGCCCUAUCUGUACCGAGCUGCAUGGUGUAGUGGUUGCAAAGAUGGACCUCGCCAUGGACGUCUGGAGUGAGGUUGCGCAUCUUUCAGCCUAUCGUGCACAGUUUGAGUCGUAACACAACAUCCUGUGCAGCACGGAAAGCACUAUUCAACAUGCUGGCGUUGCUGUCAGGGUUCCUUCGAGCCAUAAUCCGUAGGUAGCAGUCAUUCACUGCAGUAGUAGCGCUAGGGCGGCCUGAGCGAGACAUGUCAUCCACAGUUCAUGUCUCUCUGUAUCUCCUCCAUGUCCGAACAACAUCGCUUUGGUUCACUCCGAGACGCCUGGACACUUUCCUUGUUGAGAGCCCUUCCUGGCACAAAGUAUCACUGCAGACGCGAUCGAACCACGGUAUUGACCGUCUAGGCAAGGUUGACCUACAGACAACACGAGCCGUGUACCUCCUUUCUGGUGGAAUGACUGGAACUUAUCGGCUGUCGGACCCCCUCCAUCUUAUAGGCGCUGCUCAUGCAUGGUUUUUUACAUCUUUGGACGCGUUUAGUGACAUCUCUGAACAGUCAAAGGGACUCUGUCUGUGAUACAAUAUCCACAGUCAACAUCUAUCUUCAGGAGUUCUACGAACUUGGAUGUUGCAAAUAUUUUUUUGACGUGUGCAUAUUCGUUACAAAAAAUUGCCUCUUGUGUCUAUAAGCAGGGUAUGAUAAUUAUUUGUUCACAAUGGCUUAACACUUAAGAUAAACCUAUCACCAAAUUUAAUCCAUACUUAUAAUAUAAUCUGACUGAAACUAAUGAUCUGUAAUCGCUACUUUGCAGCAUUUUGAGAUAAGCUGUUAAACGCAGUCCACAGAAGGGUAUUAGGUGAAAUUUACAGUAGAGUACUGAAUGGAAUUUCUCUUUAAAUUUGCAAGGUAGUGCCCAUAAACAGGUGAAAGAAAAAAAUAUUAUACCGACAUUGAAAUGAUCUCCUUCGCAGUAUCAGUGAACUGAAUUACAGCUAUAGCUUCAAAAUAAAUCUAAUGAUCUACCCAGUGACAACUAAGCACCCUUCUUCCCGAAAAUCCAAAAUCCAUAGCUGUAACAGCGAAUCAAGAUUUACCUCCCUUGGUACUCGCUACGUCACUUAUUCCAGUUUUGUUCCCGAACUGACGAUUGGAUUUUCGUAUUCGCUUGUUGCUACUGAACCUACUGCUAUAUUGUUUUCAUUAAUGAUAGUAGUAUCAUUGUUCAUUUCUAGCCAGCAGCGAUAAUUACAAAUAGCUUUUGAUAUAUGAAGAAUGAUUCUUGCAGUUCCGUUACUACCAUUAUUGUUAGUAAUGUUAUUUAUAGAAUUUUACUUAUUAUCUUAUUAAAUUGAACUAAGAUGCAGAAAAUGUACGGAUGAAACCCUGGUCUGAUGUAAAAGAAAGUCUGAAGGCUCUAAUCUUAUCAGAUUAAACAAAUGAGUAAAAUAUUA